AUGUCUAUCGCCGAGGAGUUUCGCGAGAGAAAUUUCAGCAUCUACGGUCAAUGGUGCGGUGUUGUUUCUAUGGUUCUUUGCUUUGCGCUCGGCAUUGCAAAUAUUUUCUCCCCCGUACUCCGCAUCAUUUUCUCCGCCAUUUGCCUCGCUUGCUCUUUUGUAAUUCUUUUCAUUGAGGUGCCUUUCCUCCUCCGCAUCUGCCCAACCUCCUCCAAAUUCGAUGCCUUUAUCCGCCGCUUUACCACCAACUGGAUGCGUGCCGCCAUGUAUGCUGUGAUGAGUGCUGUUCAGUGGGUCAGUCUUGUCACCGGUGCUUCCAGCCUGAUUGCUGCUGCUGUGUUCCUGAUCAUUACCGCCUUGUGCUAUGCGCUUGCUGGGUUGAAGAGUCAGGACUUUGUUGGCAGUAAGACUCUUGGUGGCCAGGGAGUUGCACAGAUGAUCGUUUAG